AUGAGUGACAUCUUAUCCCGUGAAAAGGCUUUCAACAUUAUCAUAAAAUUAAUCCUCCUCUGGGCUCUCUUAAACCUACCUGAUGUGUUUGCUUAUAAUCCAUACCACAUAGCUGGCCCCACUCCCCCCUACUUGGUCUACUUGAAAUCUGAAUACCUACCCUGCACAGGAGUCCUGAUCCACCCUCUUUGGGUGAUCACAGCUGCACACUGCAACUUACCGAAGCUUCGGGUGAUAUUGGGGAUAACAAACCCAUCAGACACUAAUGAAGACAAUGUGCAAGUGGUCGGCUAUGAGAAGAUAAUCCAUCAUCCACUCUUCACAAUCUCUUCUAUCGAGAAUGACCUCAUGUUAAUCAAGCUGAAAACGACGAUUGAACUCAAUGAGUAUGUGAGGCUGGUUAAGCUGCCCAAGCAUGUUGUUCCAGUGGGGACCACCUGCACUGUUUCCACCUGGGCCUACAACAUUUGUGAUUCUUCCAAGGACCCCGACUCACUGCAGAAUGUAAACAUCUCUGUAAUCUCCAAGACUGACUGUCGCAAUGGCUAUAAAGACCACUACAUCAAAGAAAAUAUGAUCUGUGUGGGCAUCGUGCCAGGAAGGAGGCAGCCUUGCAAGGAAGUCUCAGCUGCCCCAGCAGUCUGCGAUGGGACACUUUUUGGAAUCCUAUCUUAUGCAGAUGGAUGUGUUUUAAGAGCUGAUGUUGGUAUCUACACUAGCAUCUUUCACUAUAUAGAGUGGAUUGAGCACACAAUCCAAAACAACUGA